AUGCCUGGGAGAUACCAGACGUCAUCCAGGAGAUUCUGGACCGGAGGAGCGGAUUGGCCAAUGGGAGAUUGUGACCUGGCGGCAAAGUUGGGCGCGACGACGAUCGUGGACCAGGAUUCUGAGGCUGCUCUGGAGAUACGGACGCUGUUUCAGCAAUAUGCUGCGCAGGAUUAUGGACCUGAAAUCGACACUAUGUACUUCCGAUGCCCACCACCGAACGACGACGUCGUGAUGAUGACCCGGCGGCAUCUUCGCCGACCCUGGCUGGGCUUGGGACGGCAUGCGGGGCGCAACGUUGUCGAUCAUCUGACAAUGUCGAUUACGAUCGUCCCAUCCGAAAUAUCAUUU